AUGAACGACAAAAAUCGAAAUCCGUGGGACGGUCGCCGACCCUCAUUGGACCGUUGGUGGGAAACGCCCGAAAACGAAAAUGACGAAAUGCCGGAAAAAAUUACCAGUCCUCCAAAUGCGGUAGAAAAUACAAAACAAUGGAUCGAUCGAUCUUCGCAGCAGCCGAACGAAAAUACCGGUGGUAAAAACCGCAAAGUGUCCAUUGCCAAGAAACCGGAUUGCACUGAAAUCUGCAAAGUCAAACCAUGUCUGUGUAUGAAGCUUAAAUUGGUUAUCAAAACGAACACGGAUCGCUUAACGGAUGACGUGUGUAGUUUGUACGACCGGUGGCUGUGUGGACCGCUGGCCACCGACUUGGAGUUCCACAAUGAGUUGUUAACACUCAUUAGUGUCCUCAAAAAGAUCAUACAAGACUUAAACAGUACGACCGGCAAUCACGGUGAGCUGGAGUCGUUGAUAAAACGUCAUAGUGAAUGCCAGGGCAAGUAUCAGACAUUGUUAAAGCAAUUGGACCAACCUAGUAUGCCGAGUCAACUCAAGGAACGUUGCGAAUGUACACCGAAAGACGGAAAAUAA